GUUUUUGAUCAGCGUAAUUAACAUAUUUCAACAUUUGUAUCUUGUCUUGUCAAGUUUGUCUUCCGCAUUUCCUGUUGAAGAUCAAAGCGUUUUCCCCUCGAAACUGUCGGACAAUGUCUCAUCAAACUGGAAUAAAAGCGAAUGAUGAGCUUUUGGAGAUGUUUGCAUCAUCAAAGGAUGGCUCCCUGAGGAUAAUCAAAAUUGGUAUCGAGAAUGAGCAAUUAGUUUAUUCAGAGAGCGCAUCGCCAAUGGACAAUUGGAUCGAUGAUUAUGAUUCUAAUGUACUUUCAAGACUUGAAGAAAAGCAGCCUUGCUACAUUCUCUAUCGUCUUGAUUCCCAAAAUAAUCAAGGCUAUGAGUGGGUGUUUAUUACCUAUUCACCCGAUGUUGCGCCAGUUCGUGAAAAAAUGUUGUACGCCGCCACAAGAGCAACUUUGAAAAGUACGUUUGGCGGCGGUCACAUCAAAGAGGAACUUUUCGCCACCUCUAAGUCUGAUGCAAGUUACAAGGGCUAUCUGAAACAUCUCGAGCAUCAGGCGGCUCCACCUCCUUUGACUGAUGCCGAAGAAGAGUUGCGAAUCGUGAAGCAGUCUGAGAAUCGCACUGACAUUGGUAUUCAUACAAGACACAGCAAUCUUCCAGGCGUGAACUUUCCAAUCUCCGAGGAAGCUUUGCUUAAGCUGGAGGCUCUUCGAGACAAACAGACAAGUCUUGUGCAAUUGAGUGUCGACACCGAAGAAGAGCAAAUCGAACUUCGCUUUGCGGGCGAUUGCGAUGUGUCAGAAAUUGCCGGCAAGACUCCGACGGAUCAGCCUUGUUAUAGUUUCUUCCUGUUCAAACACACGCACGAAGGAGAUUAUUUAGAAAGUAUAGUGUUUAUAUACAGUAUGCCCGGAUAUAAAUGUUCUGUAAAGGAGCGGAUGCUGUAUUCAACUUGUAAGGCGCCGUUGCUUGCCGGCCUUGAGGAAGGAUUGCAAAUGGAAAUUCCUAAAAAAAUUGAAAUCUCUAACGCUGAAGAAAUAACAGAAACGUUUUUGAUGGAGGAACUGCACCCGAAGAAAAUUCUUCACAAACCGAAGUUUUCCAAACCGAAGCCCCCGACAGCGAGGGGUGCUAAAAGAAUCACGCAGCAAAAGGGAAACGAGAACGGCAGCAAUUAGUUUUUUUUAUUGACAUUAUGAAUAUUGAACUUCAUAAAUAUGAGAGAAGUCGAGUGGUCCUCUUCAGGAAAGCUUUUUCAGCGUGUUGUUUUCUAUAUGUAAAUUCAUAUACAGCUUUUAAAAUUUCAUGAAACUGUAAUUUUUUGUUGUAAACUAAGACAAUUUGUAGUUAUGAGUUUAGCAUAGGUAGAAUGUCUUCACCUAGUCGCCUGGAAAGAUUCCAAAGCUGCAACUCGGCUUAUAAUUAUUUGAAUUUUCAUUUUUAUGCUCGUAAA